UAAUAUGGCAUUUUGUAACAAAGUUGGGAGCCUUUUGAGGCAUAGCGUUUCUCAGAAUGGACAAGCAUCCAUCACAUCUAUGCUUAAUUAUGUUCGCUACAUGUCAUCAAGCAAGCUUUUUAUUGGAGGUCUUUCAUACUCAACUGAUGAUCAGUCUCUUAAGGAUGCAUUUGCUGGCUUUGGUGAGGUGGUUGAGGCAAGGGUUAUCAUCGAUAGAGAGACUGGUAGGUCUAGGGGAUUUGGGUUUAUUAACUACUCCAGCGAUGAACCUGCCACCUCAGCAAUGUCUGCGAUGGAUGGCCAGGAGCUAAAUGGGCAAAACAUUCGUGUGAGUUAUGCCAAUGACAGUCCGGCUGGCCCUCGAUCUAUUGGCAGUGGUGGCGGCUAUGAUGGUGGUGGUGGUGGUGGUGGUGGUGGUGGUUAUGGUGGAGGUAGAGGUUUUGGUGGUGGUGAUGGGGGCUAUUAAGAGGUUGCGGUUAUGCUGCAAAUGCGCUUGUUUCAGUUUCUAGUUGCUGCUCCUUCUAAAUUAUGGUUUCUUGAAUUUUCAAUUGGAUAAAUUAUCUAAACUUUGGAGUUGGGCUGGUUGAUACAAAUUUGUCUUGGUUAUUGCUUAUUACAUGUAUGAGCAGGGUAAGUUGUCAUAGA